AUGGAUCUCGCAAUACAACUGGUCCGGUCAUGCGUGCGAACCUUUUUCGAUGAUCCCAAGCACAUCCUAGUUGUGGAUGCCUUGGUGCUUCAUUCCGCAUUACGAGAUGACGAUGCCGCAUAUGCAAUGGGUAUGAACACGAAGGAGCUUCACAAGCUGUGCGGGCGACUGAAGGAAGCUCGAUUUCUCGCAGUACAUACUCGACCGGAACUCAAGGAGGGCCAAAGUCGGCCCAUGAACAGAACCUACUAUUUCAUCGAUUACCGGGCCGCGAUCGACGCUAUCAAGUAUAGGGUUUACAAGAUUGACAAGGAGGUCCAGGGUAAUACAGUCUCAGAAAACGACAAAACAGAAUAUUUCUGCGCUCGUUGCAAGUCUGAAUAUACGGCUUUGGACGUUUUGGACUCCUUCGAUUACUCGUUACCGGGAGCAUUUGUGUGCAAGAAGUGCCAGUUUCCACUUUCUCCUGUGACGGGAGAAAACCAUGGGGGACAUGAGCAGUCAACAAAAAUGAGCCAGCAAUUCAAGUUCAUAACGGACCUGUUGCCAAAGAUUGAUGCAGUGGUGGUCCCAGAGAACAAUUUCGAACAAGCCUACGCGAAGAGGAUCCCAGUACCACGAGACAGUUCAAAUCCGGCCAGUGAGACUGCGCCACUUGAUGCCGCUGUUGAGCGCCCUACCGCUGUAAAGGGCAUGACGAACGUUGGACCUACGUCGAUUGCAGUCACACUUACAGCAUCCGAGGGGCCUACGGCAGCGGAUAUCGCAGCAGAAAAAGAUCGCAAGCUGAAAAACGCAGCCCAAAAUGCUUUACCUGUUCACUUUACCCACAGUACCAUCAGUGGUGAACAAGUCAAAUUCGACCCUAAUACAGGCGCCUCGGCUUUCACAUCGACAGAUGAGAAGAAAGGCGCAUUCCUCAACAGCCCUUCAGCUAAGGAUGACACUGCGGAGAUAGACGACUAUUUUGCCCGAUUGAAGGCCGAGCAAGCGAAGGAAGCAGAGGAAGAGCAGGAAGAAGAAUAUGAGACGGAUGACGAAGAAGAAGAUGAAUUCGAGGAUGUAGCCGGUACUGGUUCUGGCGUGGGAACACCCCUUAGCUCUUUUGGAGGCGAAAGCAAGCCCGCCCCUGCCCUUGGUGCAAGUGGCUUAGCAAGUGCCUUGAAGAGAAGUGGUAGCGUUUCUGGCAGCGGAACCAGUACAGGUGUUGCAAGUCCGGUGACAGGACCGAACACACCGAUCGAUGAUGGCCGACCUCCAAAGAAGGUUAGGAUCGAGGAACCCGUUCCCAAGGACGAACCCGACGCCGAGAGUGAAGAAGAUAUGGAAUUCGAGGAUGUAUAA